CACGACCGCCGGUUCACCUGGGGCUUCACCAUCUUCCGCACCGUCUAUACGCCCGAGUCGGAUGAGACGUUUCCUAGAGUUAUCGAGGAACUCAACCAGCUCGCACGCCAGUACGUCUUCGAUGACCUGCGAAGCCGCCGUGAGCCUGGCCAAGAGCCCUUCGAUCCUCGCCCCAAUGAGGAACUUGCCCGACGAUUCUACUGUGAUAUCAUACAAGAUGCCGCGUCGUUGGAUGGAGCAAGCCCAGAUGAAGUGGGCAGACGCUUUGAUGCCUGGGUCACUGAGCAUCAUCUGCAGCCACCACAACCCGUCAUCAAAAUGGGGCGAUUUUGCGUCUGUAUUAUGCUAGACCAGCAGGGUAUCGACCACUUCCUUCAAGUAAACAGGGACAAAAAGUCCUUUGACCGCGCCCAGUAUGAUCUUUAUGUCAAGGUCGUGACUGAGUUCUCGCAUGAGAAUGAAGAAGGGGAAGAUAGGCUCUGGAUGCGAGUUGGUAUUCGCGGGCAGUUGUGGUCAUUUGCUUGUGAUUGGCCUGAUAUGGAUAUUACUGAGAUAGGAGUGGAGGGC